AUGGAAUUAAAUAGAACGCGCAAAGGGCCGCUGCCUGGAGGAACUGGAACUAGAGCAAAUGAGGAGUACAUUGGAAGAGGCGAUUGUGGAAACACGCAGUACGCCUCUCGAAAAUCGACGGCGACUUCCCCGCUUAUCCCUAAGCAAGCGGAAUCGGGCUGUCAUGAGCGCUCUGAACCCAAUGCUGGUUACCUAUUUGGAAGCCAGCAGGGACCUUUGCGAGACGGACUCAAUUUUCUUUUUGGCGCCGCACUGGCAGUCUGCCGUAUUAUAGGCGCCAAAAUUUCGAAGGCUGGACACGCUACUGGACAAAGUAGUGCUAUCCCAGCCUGGAGAAUAAGAAUUGAAGAACGUAUCGCAAAGGCUAGGACCCUCAUCGGCAGACCGAUAUGCUUCAGGUCAGGCAAUACCAGGCCAAGGAUUGUGCACACCGUCAGGAUGGCGUUUGCUGGGAUAAAUGUUAGUUUUUCCCAGCCGGAUAUAGUGCAAAAACUGACGGAGCGCAUAGACGACCUGAAGCAAAGAAUCGCUGCUUGGGAAAAGCGGAUUCGGCGAUAUAUCGAGAGGUCGACACGGUUCAACCAGAAUCGUCUCUUCCAGAGUGAUCAGAAAAGGCUCUAUAAAUCAUUGGAGCAACCAAUAGUAAGUGGAACGGGUCCAGCACCAAAUCAGGCUGACACGGUCGUAUUCUGGCGCAGCCUGUGGUCAAAGCCCGUAAAGCACAACGAGGGUCCUUGGACGGAAGUUGUAGCGAAACCCAACCAGAUGAGAAAACUAUAUAGAUACCCCAAAAUAAUAAUAAUAAUAAGUGAGGCCAUUCCCUCAUCGAAUGAAUUGGCUACUAUUGGAGAUGCGGCUCCUCAGGCGACAGACCAGCUGCCACGCGUAGAAGCCGCCGUGGAUCUUCCAGUUGUGGUUGAUUCAGACGAUGAUGAAAUGGUCUCCCACGAACUAGAGCAAAUGAGGAGUAUAUUGGAAGAGGCGAUUUUGGAAACGCGCAGCAUGCCUCUCGAAAAUCGACCGCGACUUCCCCGCAUACCCCUAAGCAAGCGAAGUCGGGCUGUCGUGAGGGCUCUUAACCCAAUUCUGGUAACCUUUUUGGAAGCCAGCCGGGACCUUUGCGAGACGGACUCAGUUCUUUUUGGCGCUGCAGUGGCAGCUUGCCGUAUUAUUGGCGCCAAAAUUCCCAUGGCUGGACGCGCUACUAAACAAAGUAGCGCCAUCCCAGUCUGGAGAAAAAGAAUUGAGGACCGUAUCGCAAAGGCAAGGGCCCUUAUCGGCAGACAGAUAAGCUUCAGGUCGGGUAAUAAUAGACCGAGGGUUGUGCGCACCGUUAGAAUGGCGUUUGCUGGGACAAAUAUCAGUUUGUCCCAGCCGGAUAUCUCGCAGAAACUAACGGAGCGCAUAGACGACCUGAAGCAAAAGAUUGCUGCUUGGGGGAAGCGGAUUCGCCGAUUUACCGAGAGGUCAAAGCGGUUCAACCAGAAUCCUCUCUUCCAGAGUGAUCAGAAGAGGCUCUACAAAUCAUUGGAGCGACCAGAGGUAUAUGAAGCGGGCCCAGGACCGGAUCAGGCUAACACUGUCGCAUUUUGGCGUGGCCUUUGGUCAGAGCCCGUAAACCACAGCGAGGGCCCUUGGAUGGAAGUUGUUGCGAACGAUGAUGGAAUAGUCUCCCACGAACUAGAGAAAAUUAGGAGCAUAUUGGAAGAGUUGAUGCUGGAAACGCGCAGCAUGCCUCUCGAAAAUCGACCGCGACUUCCCCGCAUAUCCCUUAGCAAGCGGAAUCGGGCUGUCGUGCGGGCUCUUAACCCAAUUCUGGUGACCUAUUUGGAAGCAAGUUGGGACCUUUGCGAGACGGACUUAAUUUUCUUUGGCGCCGCACUGGCAGUUUGCCGUAUUAUUGGCGCCAAACUUCCCAUGGCUGGACGUGCUACAACAAAGUAA